CCCCCCAUCCCAUCUCACGAAGAAUCCUUUCUCUUCACCACCACCACCACCACCCAUCACAAUGGCCUCCACUCGUGUCUUCGCCUCUCGCCUGGCCUCCACCAUGGCCGCGUCCUCCAAGGUCGCCCGCCCUGCUGCCCGUCUGCAGUUCGCCCCCAAGCGCACCUUCACCACCCAGCGCCAGGCCGUCCCCAUGACCCCCUUCCAGACCGUCAAGCGUCAGUCUCCCUCCGGCCUCCUCCAGGCCAACGCCCGCCAGGUCUUCGCUGCCCAGCAGGCCCGCCGCCAGUACUCCUCCGAGAUCGCCGACGCCAUGGUCCAGGUCUCCCAGAACCUGGGCAUGGGUUCCGCCGCCAUCGGUCUCGGUGGUGCCGGUAUCGGUAUCGGUCUCGUCUUCGGUGCCCUCCUCCUCUCCGUCUCCCGCAACCCCGCCCUCCGUGGUCAGCUCUUCUCCUACGCCAUUCUGGGCUUUGCCUUCGUUGAGGCCAUCGGUCUGUUCGACCUGAUGGUUGCCAUGAUGUGCAAGUACGUUUAAAUUAUGAACACCCGCGCGGAACAACACAUGAAUAUCGCGGUGUGAGGACCGAAUUUUACAACAAUCCCGGUCUUUUUUUUUCU